AAAAAAAAAGAGUCAACAAACACACAUUCAGGGAAGAAAAAAAAAAAAAAAAAAAAAAAAAAAAGAUGACUAGCCGAUGGAUUCGAUUCAAGAACCUCCUCUUCGUAGGCCUCGCAUUCCGAUUCCUCAUCGCCAACAGUAAGGUCUCUGUUGUUGUUGUUGGGCAUGGAGGAGACCAUUCCUCAAGGCCGCCCCCUUCACCAGACAGUUUGCCCAUCAGUCCGCCGAAGCUCGUGAUCGUCCACAUAGUACUGCAGCUCCUGACAUGGGGGAUCCUGCUUCCGAUGGGUGUGAUGCUGGGUCUAGGACGGUCGCGGCUGCACGGGCCCGUGCAAGCGGUAGCCGGCCUACUGCUCUCCUUGCCGGCAACCAGUCUGUCGCAUCUCUCCGCCCGACACCCGUAUCCGGCCACCCUCCAUGCCGCCCUCGGCGCGCCUCUCUUCGGCCUCUUGCUCCUCCAGAUCUGUCUCGGCUUCUUCCUCAAAUCCCAUUGGCUGCAAACCUCCAGAUUCAGAUCUCUCAUCCAGCUCGCCCAUUCGAUCAUCGGCAAAUCUUUCAUCCCGCUCUCUUGGUUGCAGAUCUUGCUCGGCGCUGUGGCUAGCUUAAGCUUUUGUUACGGCGACCAUCUCGGACAAUGUCUAGCACACAUGAUUAUGGGAUCAGCGUUUGUCGGCUACGGAGUCGUGAUGCUCAGCUUGAUGGAGUUCGGUAAGCCGUGGCUGAAGGCGCAUCAGCUCAGUCCCGAAUAUCUAGAUUGUUGUGUAAUCACGGUUUGGGGAGUCGUGAAUACAUUCACGGAGCAUGGAUUCUUUUUUUCAGCCGGGCCACGGUGGACGCACAAAGAUCUACAACACACGUUCCUCGGUGUGAUGUGGGCGAGUGGGGGCGGCCUGGGGAUAUAUCUGUCGCGCGGGGGCCGACGCUCGGUGAUGUCGGGACUGGUGAUCAUCGUCACCGGCUGGGCGUUCCAAUCCCAUCAGCAAUCGCUGGAGAUCUCGACCCGGAUCCACGGCGCCUUCGGGGCCACUCUGAUGGCCGCCGGGCUCGUCAAGAUCAUCACCGUCCUCCGGCGGGCUCCGGCCGUGUCUGACCACCUACCACCCCCCCACCUCGGACUCGAUCCACUCGACCAUCUCACCCCGCUCCUCCUGACCAUCAGCGGGGUCAUGUUCAUGUCAGCCACAGAGGAACAAUUGCUCCUAAUCUCUCGGAUCGGGGUGGACCAUGCGACCUACAUCCUGGGCCAAGCCUCGCUAGGCUGUCUGCUCUACCUAUACCUCAACCUGCUCAUCCAUUUCUAUCGACGCGCUGUCGAUCCUAGGAGCUCCUCCGGCUUAGCAGUUCCAGACCAGCUCCUCGACGACCGGGGCCACAAUAAGGAGCGGGAGGGCUCCCGCGACGCCCUUUAUGAGCGUCUGUCGUUGGAAAGCUUCACCGAUCCUCAGCUGGACCGUCCUCAUCGCGACUCUUCUUCCUCAUCAUUCGACCUCAACCAUCAUCAAUCAUGACAAAGGAUACACUCAUUUGGUCUCACCCAAUCAUGCUCUCUUACUCUUUCACAUGUAUGCCCAUCUCCGUUGUUCUCUUUCUCUGCUGGUCGUUCAUCCAUUUGUUGUAAUUCGAGUCGGAAUAUAUACGAUUCCAUAUACCCCCCCCCUUAUCCCACUUCUUUUCCACAGUGUUACCCCUUCUUGUAUCCAUUCUUCUACAGACCUGCGGUUCCAAACAAAAUUGGACAAUUCUCUUCCUUCCUUCCUCGCUUUGUUUUCCUUGUGUGUGGCUGUGUAUGACCAAGUCUGUUAUAUUCUUCCUCUCAUGCUUUAACUUACCUUUUUUUUGGAGUGUUGAAAAAAAAAAUGCAUCAACCAUGAUAGUCCCAAUUUA